CAGGUAUGAUUGGAUACCGGCGGUCGUGUUCUAUGGUGCUCUCUGCUACACCGUCAUAUCAAAGGUUUAUGACAUUAACCAUGGAUUUUCGUGUGCUAUUUGUGCUUUUUCUGACAUUAUGGCAUCUUCAAUCAUCUGCUGCAGUAAAACCAAAAGAUAAACAGUUCAUUAUCGUCGAAGCAAAUGCCACAUGGAAUGACGCAAAGAUAUAUUGCCAAGGCCAAACAGGACAUCUUCUCCGGCUGGACAGCAAAGAAAAGAUGGACCUCCUUUUGAAGCUGGACAAGGACCCUCCAUGGGACAGGUCGCUUAAAAAUGGCGAAUAUUGGAUUGGACUCCAUAACAGAGAAAUUGAAAACUGUUCCAAAGUCCACCAUUUCUGGCAAGGAGGGUGUGAAUCUGUAGGAUGGAGCAAUUGGAAAUCAGGUUUCCCGGCCAACUGUGUGAACGAUAGAUGUGUCGUCAUGAAGAAUCUAAAAUGGUCUACUGCCAACUGUAGCAACAAAUACAGCUUCGUAUGUGAAAAAGAAAUCGAAUGUCAGUACACUCUACAUGUCAACAUCACGCUAGAGAUCGUGGGGAAAACCGAGAUGACUUACAACCUACCGACAUCCUUAUCUACGUGCGAAGAACUGUGUUACGCUUUGGCGAUGGGUGGUAAGGAGGGAUGCUCGGUAUAUCAGGAUAGUGAUACGUGUUUCUUCCUGUUCGUGGACUCUGGUACUCGUGAAUACCGGAUAGAGGAUUCCUUUAAUGGCACAUCCUAUCAUUUCAAGAACUGCCCACAGGCUAUGGUUGACCCUGAGCCCCAUAGCAAUUCAAUCAAUGAAGACGAUUCACCAGAUACAGAAUGUGCUAAAGAGAUAGGGGAUGACUAUUUUGAAUACCUAGACGAUUAUCGAGUGGCAAUCAUACCCUCCCUGUAUAAGACAAUGGACAUACAAAAUGUACUUGGGGACGUUGAGAUGUGUAAAAGUGUCUGUCUGCAGACAAAGGUGGAUACUAGAAAAUGCUGGGCAGUCAACAUGUUUAGUGUACUGUCCAACUUUUGUCGUCUCUACUACCUGCACAGAAAACCUCCCCAUCUGUUCUACCAGCGUUACGUAAGCAGCAAACCAGGACCGUUGUUCCUACGGCGACGACUUUCAAGGCAUCAGAUACAGGAUGACCACAUUGUAGAUAAUAUAGAGGAUCUGGUAGUGAAUCCCAAGAACACGACCCUAUACAACCUCAAGUUUAUCAGUGUUUACGAGAACAAGCCAGCAAAAAUCAGCAUGGGGGUGAUAGGGACCAUCUUCAUCGCCACAGGUGUAAUCGCCAUAAUCAUCCUUGAUUGUCCUCUGAUCUGCAAGCACGUGAGGACCAUUGCAGCAAGGAACAUCCGGAAAAGAACUGUAUGCAAGAAUAAAAAGAUGACGAAGAUAACGAAAAAAAAGGCAUGUAAUAAAGUUGGACAAAUCACGUCUACUGAAACGAAAGACUCGGUCGUGAAGAACAAGAACAUCAGCGCCACACCCUCAAAGGAAGUGACGUCCAACAAGAACACGCCCCCUACAGAGGCGGAAGCACAUUCUUCCAAUCAAAAGGACGGAGAUCAUGACAAGGUUACUAUUUAUCAUUUGAGUUAGUGUACUGCAGAUGUUUUGCGGAACUUUUUAUUUUCAUUUCCUUCGCGGUCGGAGAAGAUACACGAUGUGUGACGCCUGCAUAUGAAUAUUUCUCGGUUUUUGUUCCAGGAACAAAAUCCUGACAGUUUGACUACUUAAAAGGGGAAAACGCCAUGACAGUGGCUCGAUGAUCUUAUAUACCGCUUUAUCACAACCUAGUUCGUAGAUCACCCCAAAGCCUAUCCAACCAGUCAAUACCUUUCUCAACUGCCUGGGGAGCGUACAACCGAUGCUGCUAUUUCGGCGCUCACAGUUAGCACUCAACAAUUCCAGCACUGCCCAACCACGUACUCAUUUACAGCUGAGAAGACUGGAACAAGAGGAGUGAAGUAUCUUUCAAGGAUACAACACAUUACCGCGUCGCAAUUCGAACCCGCAACAUUUCGGUCACGAGCCCGGCGUCCUACAAUUAGACUACCGUGCCUCCAUAUCAGGCGCGUAGCUAGCCCCUUUACCAUGUGUAAGCCCGAUAUGGGGUUGCC